AUGGCGGAGGAGAACCUCGACGGCAAACCAAUUACACCGGUGACAAUUUGCAUGAUCGGCGGCGGAGGAUUCAUCGGAUCACACCUCUGCGAAAAGCUAAUGUCCGAAACUUCUCACAUAGCUAUAGUAGUUGAUGUCUCCUCUGAGAAAAUCAAUCACCUCCUUGAUAAGUCUCUUCCUUGGGCCAAUCGGAUCGAGUUUCAUCACAUGAACAUCAAGAACGAUUCGCGCCUUGAAACUCUCGUCAAAGCUUCCGAUCUCACUAUCAAUCUUGCUGCGAUUUGCACGCCGGCGGAUUAUAACACCCGGCCUUUGGACACUAUUUUCAGUAAUUUCAUUGAUGCGAUUCCAGUGAUUAAAUUUUGCACCGAAAACAACAAGCGUUUGAUUCAUUUUUCUACUUGUGAGGUCUUUGGGAAGACUAUAGGUAGCUUUCUGCCUGAGGAAUAUAGGAAGGACCCCAAAUAUUACAUGCUCAAAGAAGAUGUUAGUCCUUGUAUUUUUGGUCCAGUUCAUAAACAAAGAUGGUCUUAUGCAUGUGCAAAGCAAAUGACAGACAGGCUAAUUUAUGCUGAGCAUGCUGAGAAUGGCCUGAAGUUCACUAUUGUGAGACCUUAUAACUGGAUUGGACCAAGAAUGGACUUCAUUCCUGGUGUGGAUGGCCCGAGCGAUGGUGUCCCCAGAGUUUUGGCUUGUUUCAGUAAUAAUCUCCUUCGUGGCGAGCCGCUCAAGCUUGUUGACGGCGGAUGUUCCCAGAGAACCUUUCUCUAUGUCAAAGAUGCAAUUGAGGCUGUUUUGUUAAUGAUUGAUAACCCUAAUAGAGCAAAUGGACACAUCUUUAAUGUUGGAAACCCAGAUAAUGAAGUAUCUGUGAAGCAACUAGCUGAGCUUAUGAUAAAGGUAUAUGCAAAGGUGGCUGGUGUACCUGACUCUAGUCUAUCAACUCUGGAUGUGACUUCAGAGGAUUUCUAUGGAAAAGGCUAUGAUGACAGUGAUAAGCGCAUCCCUGACAUGACAAUUAUCACUAAGCAGCUUGGUUGGAAGCCAAGGACAUCACUUGAUGAACUGUUGGAUUCUACCCUUCAAUAUCAACAUCAGACAUAUUCUCAUGCUAUCAAGAAAGAACUCUCGAAGCCUUCAACUUGA